AUGAAGCUUUCCUUCGGACUUCUAGCAAUCUUUGCCCAAGCAAAAGAGGAAACUUGCUUCCACCCGAAAUUGGCGCAGUUUGACAGAGUAAUCAGAGGAAAAUACAAACGAAAAUUUGAGUUUGAGGAUCAAGCUCGCUACUUUUCUCAAAAAUACAACGAAAUGCUUCCAGUCGUCGGAAACCUGACCAUCCAGCUCCACGAAAUGGAAGAUCAUUACAAAAGCUGCUCAGGAAUGGUGCGCAGAUGUCACGAACAAACGAAUCUUCUACCGCGAAAAAUCCACUCUUGCUUGCAAGAACGUUGCGAGCAACGUUUUGGACUGUCAACGAGUUUGAGUUCGAUGAGAUCUUCUGGGCAACGACGAUGCUAUGAGCAAAAGUGCCAAGAAUGCAAAAAGUGCGACUGCCCUGUCUGCAGAACUGACUGUAUUACGCCGUGGAUGUCUGACUGGGCUCAGCAACCUGUGUUGAACUCUGACUCAGGCGAUGCGGAAUGUAUCAAAUCCGAGUACAAGAAGCUCGCCGAGGAAAAUCAAAAACUGAACGAGGAAUUUCAGACAGCGAUUGAGAAUUCUUGGGCGAUUUCUCAACAGUAUGAAAUGCUUAUGGCCAAAUACGAUCUUGGGCUGAAACACUACGAAGAAUACAAAGAAGCGUACAACAACUGCUUCGAGUCGCUAGAAAAAUGCGAUGCCCAGCUUAAUCAUCUCAGAUCACAAGUUUCUUCCUGCGAUGAAAACUGCGAAAUCGACCAAAAAUACAUUCGAGGAAACGGACGAUUCAAAACUCUUGUUUUCAGAAUUCAAAAAUUCGAGGCCGCUAACUUGGAAAAUCUGGUCACGUGCGAAACCUACAAGUCGAAAUGCGAACAGUGCAAUUAUUCUUGUUACUGUGAUCGCUGCCCUAGAUGCCUUGACACUGAAUAA